GGCGCGCAGCUGCUGGGCCGGAAGCGAGGCGCUGGCCCCGCCCUCGCGUAACGGGAAGUGGCGGGCGUGGCCCGGAAGUGCGGGGGUGCGCGGGCGGCUGGGCGGAUCCCGGCGGUGGUGUCAGCGCGGCGCGGAGCGCGAGCAGGGCCGUGUAAGUCGCGUGUGUGAGGAUGGCAGAGCAGGAGCCAACGGCAGAGCAGCUGGCCCAGAUUGCAGCUGAGAACGAGGAGGAUGAGCACUCCGUCAACUACAAGCCACCUGCCCAGAAGAGCAUCCAGGAGAUCCAGGAGCUGGACAAGGAUGAUGAGAGCCUGCGCAAGUACAAGGAGGCGCUGCUCGGUGCCGUCACCGUGACUGCGGACCCUAACGCUCCAAAUGUGGUGGUGACCAAACUGACGUUGGUCUGUGCUACUGCUCCCGGCCCUCUGGAGCUGGACCUGACAGGUGACCUGGAGAGUUACAAGAAGCAAGCGUUUGUGCUGAAGGAGGGUGUGGAAUACCGGAUAAAAAUCUCCUUUAGGGUUAACAGGGAGAUUGUGUCAGGGUUGAAGUAUAUUCAGCACACAUUCCGGAAAGGAGUGAAAAUUGACAAGACUGAAUACAUGGUUGGGAGCUAUGGCCCCCGAGCAGAGGAGUACGAGUUCCUGACCCCCAUGGAAGAAGCCCCCAAGGGCAUGCUGGCCCGGGGCAGCUACAACAUCAAAUCCAAAUUCACAGAUGAUGAUAAGACUGACCACCUGUCCUGGGAGUGGAACCUGACCAUCAAGAAGGAUUGGAAGGACUAGCCCUUCCCAAAGCCAAUCCCCAGAGAGCGUGAAUCAGACAGUGGCUACCGUAGAAAUCCCUCCCUGUACCAAAGUGCUGACAUUGGAACCCUCUUACCUUCCAUCCCCUGUUAAAUUUGACCAGAGCGCUCAGUUUUGUAAUGUGCCCCCUCCCCAGAGAAUCACUGAAUCUGUUGACCAAACCGUGCUGUCUGCAUCUGAUCUCCAGCUGCUCGUCCCAGGGCCGCGCCGUUCCAGCACAGAGGUGGGAGUGUUUGCUCCCUUGCCAGGCGCUUCGCUGCUUCUCACCUUCCUUUAUUCUGGUCGGUGCUGAAGGGGAGACUCCUACACUCGGUGUAGGAUCCUGUGCUUAGCUUUCCUGUGCACAGCUCAGGGUAGCUACUGCCUCCAAGUAGCUGAAGAACUUUGAUGCCAGGCAGCUAUUUGAAUCUAUUUGUUGGCUAAAAUCAUGUCCAGCCUGCCCCUUCCACCCAGUCAGUGUCCUGAGGACACUGGCACCUUCAUUUGUGGAUGUUCCCUGUAACCAUGAUGCCUUAAUGUGUAACACGUAUCCUCUAGGGAGGGGGCCCUGCCCUUGUUACACUUUUUAAAUGCCACCCGCCCUCCCCCUGUUUGUUGGCAUGGCACUCAUCUUGGUCACGCCCCUCUUGGGUAUUAGGAAAGAUUCACAACUUCCUGCUUUGCUGCUGGUCCAUUCUUCACCCGAGACUGGACAUCUCCGGAGAGGAGGGCAUUGUGACACCCCGGGUGACAUCUCGCCCCUUCCCCAGGCCAUCCCUCUCAGUGUCCAGAGAGCUGGCCUGGCAGAACCCUGUCCCUGUUUGUCUCCGGACUCUCUGGGCAGCCCUGGUACCUCCAAGGGCAUAGAGGGGGUUGCAAGGCAGGUGGGUGCGGGAGUCACCAGUGGUGCCAUCACCUCAGACUUCUAAUUGCAGCCAAAGGAGCUGCAAAGCACUGAAAUACCAGGACAGCACCUGCCCUCCCGGCUGUUUUGGGCUGAGGAUGGACUAGUCUGUUUCUGCAGCUGCUCUCCUGAUGCGAUCAACAAAGAGCUUGCAAAGGACAAGUAUUCAGAAGCGGUUAAUGCCUUAUGUAUCUGUUCUGCCUUUAAAAUCUGUGCCUGGCCUGUCAGUAUUUAUUGCCUUGACACUCGACUCCCUGCCCCGUGCCCACAGCAGCCCCCUGCAGCACUCCAGCCUGCCACCCAGGGCGGCGCUGACACGGCACUCGGGGCAAAGGGGGCCUCUGGGGCCCACGAGCCCCCGACGGCAGGCAAGUUCCAGCUCCGCAGCCCUCUUAUUUGGAUCUUCCCACGUUGAGGUUGUAUUAGAACUGGGACCAAGUACAUGUGGCUUUCUCGUAGCUACGUCUUUGCCUCUAACUCUCCCUUGCCCUGCCCCUAGAGAGAUUUUUGUUAAUUUGAUUUGGUGCAUAUUGUCUGUAAAUCCUAGACCCAGGUUAACAGGUUUGGAAUCAUCGUCUGCUUCUCCUUUUAUGACAGUUAAAUAAAAUCUUUGAACUGAC